AUGGCCUCCCGGGGCCUGGCGCUGCUCCAGCGCAUCUCCGCGGCGUAUAAGAGCGAGCUCGAGGCUCUCGGCGACCCGGCCGAGCUCGUGCGGUCCCAGGAAGCGCGCGACGCGGUCGCUGAGGCGAGCCUCGCACCCGGCGACGUCGACGCGGCGACUUCGCUCACAACCCGGGACUGGACGGAUGCGGGGCAGAGCGGCGUCAAGUUCGGCGCGGUCGGGCGCGUGUUGACGGCCUGCGUCUACGUAGGUGCACCGGAGAGGAGGGCGCUUGGCGCGGCCGUCUACCUGGGCCUGCUGUCGUCCGAGAGCUGCCCGUCCGCGACGCUCCACGACGAGUUCGCCCUCCAGGGCAUCAUGUCGCUGAUCACCGAGGCCGCCCGGCAGGCCCCUGCCAAGCGAGGCCAGCCCAAAAAGGCGAAAGGGAAGCAGGCGCGGCGCGAGGACGACAUGGACGUCGACGCGGAGGGCGCGCCCGGCAGCGACGCGGAGGGCGACCUCCCCGCGGCCCCCGCCGGCAUGCCCGCGGAGCACCUGCCCAGCGUCCUCGCGCACCUGCCCGGCGCACUCGCGCGGCUGUCGUUUCGCGGCCGCGAGGACGCGCUGCGGCAGCUGUGCGGGGCGCUGCUGGAGGCCGGGUUCUCGCCCGCGGCGCCGGCGGGGGCCACGGCGCUGGCCUUCGCGGGCGUGGAGCAGCUGGCGCACGAGCGCAACGGGCAGCUGGAGGAGGUCCUGGUGCAGAUCUUCUACCAGCUGUCGUCGACGAUCCUCGGGGUCGUGCCGGGCGCCGCGCGCCGCGCGACCGCGGUGGCCAUGGCGAAGGGUAUCGCCCAGCGGUCGCCUGCGUCCCACGCCGCGGUGGCGGGCCUCGCACGGCACCUGUGCCUCAAGUGCCCGGACCGCGCGGACGCGCGCAGCGCCGCCGUCGAGGCGGUGAGCUCGCUCGCGCAGGCGCUGGGCUGGCCGGACCGGCUGCGUCUGAUCGUCUUCAUCGCCAAGCUGUCGCGGUCCGCGGAGGCGGCGCAGCGGGCCAUGGCCGUCGACCUCGCCGCGGAGAUCCUCCUGAACUUCCAGGGCUGCUUCGACGCGCCGCCCGAGGCGGACGAGCCGGCCUCCGCGGCGCCCGCCCGCACGCCGGGCGGCGCCGCAGCCACCCCCGCCGCCAGGGAGGGCCCCGCGGACGCGCCCGACGCGCCAUCGCCGGGCCUGACCCCGCUGGGCUCCGCGUCGGUGCGGCAGGCGCUGCGGACGCCGAGCACGGUCCGCACGCCCGGGCCGGACUCGGCCGCGGAGCCCGUGCCGGUGGGCGUGGUGUGCCUGGUGGUGCUCGCGCAGCGGUGCUCCGACAAGAACGGCGCGGUGCGGGCGCGCGCGGUGCAGCAGCUGGGCACGGCCGUCACGGAGCUGGCCGACGCCGGGGCGCCGCUGCUCCGCCGCGCGCUGGCGUUGGCGCGCAAGGUGAUGCGGGAGGGGUCGGGCGGGCUGGGGAGCGCGGUGCGCACCACGGGCGGCACGGCGACGAUGACGGUGGCGGCGACCGGCGCGACGGGCGGGGGCGAGGGCGACGCGGCGCUCGCGGGCGCGCAGGUGGCCGCGCUGCUGCGCAUGGCGGGGCGGCGGGUCUGCGACGGCCGCGGAGGCGUGCGCAAGUCGGCGCUGCACCUCCUCCGCGGCCUGCUCAUCAUGAAGCGCGCGCUCGCCGACGCGGACGACGCGGCCCUCGCGCCCUCCGCGGACGACGCCGCCGCGCUCGCCACCGCCGCCACCGACCCCCUCAUCACCGUCCGCAAGGCCGCGCUCGCCGCCGCGGCGGAGCUCACCGUGGCCUUCCCGGGCGCGCCCACGUGCGCGGAGGCGCUCGUGCGCGUCGUGGUCUCCAUGGCGGGCGACCCCGAGGCCUCGGUGCAGGACGCCGUGAACGCGGCCCUCGACGCGGCGCUCUUCCGCGCGGUGGCCGCGAAGAGCCCCGGGCCCGCGGAGACGGACGCGGCGCUGCAGACACUCGCGGGGAUCUCGCGGCUGGGCCCGCCCGCGGCGAACGCGGUCGCGCGGGUGCUCCGCGGGCGCAAGCUGGCCAAGACGCUGGGGGCCAGGGGGCUGUGCCGCGGGCUGGCGCGGCUGCUCGAGGAGACGGGCCGCGUGGGCGCGGGCGCCGCGGACGCGCAGAACGGCGCGUGGGUGUGCAUGGCGGCGCUCGCGGAGCUCGAGCCCGGGUGCACGGACGGCGCGCGGCUGCAGGCGGAGCUGGCGACGCAGCGGGCGGCGUGGGCCGAGGCGCAGCGCGGCGGCGGGACGUCGGCGCAGGCGCUGCACGUCGGGCGCAUCAUGAGUCACGUCCUGCGGUGCGUGGCGGCGAGCGCGGGGUCGUUCGGCGCGCAGGACGCGGCGGAGGUGGCGGCGGGGAUCUUCAAGUCGCUCCUGGGGCUGUCGCUGCCGCCCGCGGCGCUGGCGGCGCACGUGGGGGCGCUGGCGGGGCUGUGCCGGGCGUCGGUGGGGGCGGAGGGGUCGAAGGUGGCGCUGGAGCGCGCGAUGGCGGAGUGGACGGGGGGGGUGUUUCGCGCAGUGGAGCAGGCGCUGGAGGCGUACUCGACGCUGCUGCGGGACGCGGGGACGCCCCGCGGGUUCGACGAGCGGGAGGAGCGUGCGGCGUACGCGAUCUUCGUGCUGGGCGAGGUGGCGCUGCAGGAGGGCGUGGCGGUGCCGUCGCGGCUGUCGGUGCUGGCGCAGAGCCUCACCGCGCGGCGCGUGGUGUCGCGCGGGGGCGGCGACGGGCUGGGCGGGCACGUCUCGGCGCGGAUCCAGGCGUUCGCGUACGUGUGCGUGGGCAAGCUCGCGAUGCGCGACGCGGUGCUGGCGCGCAAGAUGGUCCCGCUGCUGGUGCAGGAGAUGAGCGCGUCGCACGCGCCGGCGGUGCGCAACAACAUCCUGGUGGUGCUGUGCGACCUGUGCACGCGGUACACCGCGCUGGUCGACGCGCACGUCCCGCGCCUCGUCGCGUGCGUGCGCGACCCCUCGGAGGUCAUCCGCCGGCAGGCGCUGGCGCUGCUCGCGCGGCUGCUGCUGGCCGACUACGUCAAGUGCCGCGGCGCGCUCUUCCAGCAGCUCCUGCUCGCGCUCGUCGACGACUGCGCCGACGUCCGCGAGCUCGCCUCGCACCUCCUCACCGAGACCCUCGCCGCGCGCACCCCCCAGCUGGCGUACAACCACUUCCUCGAGGCGCUCCUGCACAUGAACGGCGCCGCGGCCGAGGCGGACGACAUCGUGCAGACGCAGACCGUCGAGCAGGAGGCCGGCGGCGGGUUCGUCGCCGGGUCCAUGUCCGCGGGCGGCGCGUGCGUGGAGGGGCCCUCGGAGCGCGCGCGGGGCAACCGCCGGCGGAUCCUGGCGUGCCUGCUCGACUGCAUGGCGCCGGAGCAGCGCGUGGAGACGGCGCUGCGGCUGAGCCGCGAGGUGCUGUCGCGCGCGGCGGAGGGCGGGCUCGCGGUGGCGGGCCACGAGGAGCUGCUGCGCGACACGCUGCACGUGCUGGUCGAGGGGCGGUGGCAGGUCGGGGCGCAGCGGCGCGGCGCGGGGACCGCCGGGGACGACGCCGCGGACCCGGAGGCGGCGGCGGCGGCGGAGGUCGCGGCGGGCGGCGGCGCGCAGCAGAUUGCGCGCGCGGUGGCGCAGGCGGGCGAGCGGGUGCGCGGGCAGGCGCUCGCGCUGGUCGUGCGGCGGUACGUGCUCGAGCACACGCUGCCGGCGCUCGGCGGCCUCCGCCAGCGCCUCGCGGACAUGCAGCACCCGCUCCAGGGCGAGCUCCUGCGCAGCGCGGCGGCCAUCCUCAGGGAGUACCGGUCCGAGGUGGACGAGCUGCUGGCGGGCGACCGGGAGUUCGCGUGCGAGCUGCGGCACGAGAUGGCGCGCGCGGACCGCGAGCGCCAGGGCGCGGAGCGGGCUCCGGAGGCGGCGGCGGCGGCGGCUCCUGAGGCGGCGGCGGUAGCGACCGAGACGGCGGCGGUGACGCCUGCUGCGCGGACGCCGGCAGCGAAGUCGCCGAAGACGCCCGUGGGAGUGACGCCGGGGCGGACGCCGCUGGCGGCGUCGGUGCUGUCGAACGGGGCGAGCGCUGUGUCGACGGGAGGCGGCGGUGGCGGCGCAGCGACUCCGCAGCUGACGGUGCCGCGGACAGCACGGAAGACGCGGCGCGCGUAG